CCUCCCUCGCCCCCCACUUACCGGCAUGGAGUCUGGGUCCAGCUUCCUGCGGCGGCAAGCAGAGACUGCCUGAAUCUCCAAAUCUUUUCCAGAUUGGUUCAGAGAACUUCAAAUCGAUUUGGACCUUUUUAUUGGUCUCCUGAUUCGAUUCGGAGACUCAGCCGCCGAAUCAAGCCAAAUCUUCUCCGAAUCGAAUCGGCACCCGAAGCUUCGUGCAGCCCUAGUGCCUGGCACUGUUGGCCAGGGCCUCUGCCUGUCUUCCCCACACUCGUCGGCGACAUCGACAACUGUGGAAGCCUCCAUGCGCAGGUGCUGCACCUGCUGACGGAGCGCAUCCGGACCAAGGCCAUCUUCCAGACACAGCGGUCCAAGUUUAUGACGUGGCAGUUUGAUGGGGAAUACCGCGGGGAUGACUGCACGGCCACCCUGACGCUGGGCAACCCUGAUGUGAUCAGUGAGUCAGUCAUCCUGGUGGCGCACUUCCUGCAGAGCGUGACCUCGCGUCUGGUUCUGGGAGGAGAGAUGGUGUAUCACCGACGCCCGGGCGAGGAGGGCGCCAUUGUCACCCUGGCAGGGAAGUACACGGCUCCCAAAUGGGUGGCAACACUGAACAUUGGCUGUGGCGGUGCCCAUGCCAGCUACUACCACAAAGCCAAUGAGCAGGUGCAGGUUGGGGUGGAGUUUGAAGCCAACACUCGGCUGCAGGACACCACUUUUGCCUUCGGCUACCAGCUCAACUUAACCCAGGCCAAUGUCAUCUUCAGAGGUCUCGUGGACAGCAACUGGUGCGUGGGGGGUGUCCUGGAGAAGAAGCUGCCACCCCUGCCUGUCACCCUGGCCCUGGGCGCCUUCCUCAACCACUGGAAGAACCGCUUCCACUGCGGCUUCAGCAUCAUCGUGGGCUGAAAGGGCUGUGCCCCUGGGCUCUGACUGCUGUGAUGCUACAGCAGGAGCAGGUCCUGGCUGGAUCUGCAUGCCACAGACUGAGGACUGGCAGCCUGCCACUGCCUUCCUGUCUCAGGGAGCCUUUGUGCCAUGAGAUGUACUGCCCCAUGGAGUGACCUACUGCCUUCAUGGCAGCUGCUUCUGGGGUCCAAGAGACAUCUGACACCUGGUGCUGCUUGGGGGAGUCACUCUUUCUGCAGUCAGCCCAGAUCUCUGUGACCACGGUAUGGGUGUGGACAUAGGCUGUGCUGGGGCUGCCCAGCCCAGCGCAGUGAGUGCUACGGGACCGCGCAGUGGUGGUGGGAGUAGGCGGUAUAGGGGCUGCUGCUGGGUGUGAUGUUUUUGCUGUACGACGGCUUGGAACCCCAUUAAAGCACUUGGGCUGCUGGGGGCUAGUAUUGGUGGGGGCAGGCUCUCUGGCUGCCUCGGGGGCAGGGGGAGCUCGGCCUGCCUCCGGGCCUGGUGGUGGGCCAGCCGCUGGCAGGGCUGCAUCCAGGAACCCAGCAAGGGAAGUGCAGUCAUUCUUCCCGGAUAAUGGCAGAAGCUCUGUCAGCUUUAAAAGAGGCUCCUCUCAGUGGUGAGCAGUAUGCUCAGUGGUGAGCAGUAU